UUAAAUCGGUAGACAAGAGGGGCGGUUCAAUUAACAUUGAUUAUUAGCUGGCUUAUCUCCAUUUGUUGUCCUAAAAAUAUCCUUUCUUAGUAGUGAUGGAACCUUCCUUUCUUUCCCAAGUCUGACUCAUCCAACGGCCCAUAAUCAACUCUUCAUCCCUUUCCUCUUUCUCUCUCUAACACAACUUUCAGCUCGCACCAAAGAGACACAGAGAUCUCCGGCGACACCAAACCACGCGCCACCACAUGCUGCUUCUUACACAUCCGAUCUCACCUUGACUCUACUGUCUACAAAGUCAACGGAUCUGUUCAUCCACCAGCUUUUUUCAUUUUAGAUAUUUAUCGGGUUUUAGUACAGGAAGAGAAGGAAAUAUGGCGUUAAGGAAGGCGAUGGGUGCGGUGAAAGAUCAAACUAGUAUUGGAAUAGCUAAGGUGGCUAGUAACAUGGCGCCUGAGCUCGAGGUUGCUAUUGUGAAAGCCACUAGUCACGAUGAUGAUCCCGCCAGUGAGAAGUAUAUCCGGGAGAUCUUGCAGCUGACAUCCUACUCACGUGGUUAUGUGAGUACUUGUGUUCAUGCUGUGUCGAAACGGUUGAGCAAGACUCGUGAUUGGAUUGUGGCGCUCAAGUGUUUGGUUUUGAUCCAUAGAUUGUUGAACGAUGGGGAUGUAGUUUUCCAGCAGGAAAUUAUGUAUGCUACGAGGAAAGGGACGAGGUUGCUUAAUAUGUCGGAUUUCCGUGAUGAGGCCCAUUCAAACUCAUGGGACCACUCUACGUUUGUGAGGACUUAUGGUUUUUACCUGGAUCAGAAGCUGGAUUUGAUUGCAUAUGAGAGGAAACAAAACAGUGGUGGCGGUGAAGAACCGGACAGGUUCAGGGAGGAUCGGUGGAGGUCCCCACCAUCUCGUGGGAAUGAUUAUGGCUACAAUGACGAUCCUGGGUAUGGUGGAAAUAUGAGGAGGUCAAGAUCUUUUGGAGAUGUGAAAGAGGGAUCCUCUCAGGCGAAGAAUAACGUGACACCAUUGAGGGAUAUGCCACCGGAAAGGAUAUUUGGAAAGAUGGGGCAUUUACAGAGGUUGUUGGAUAGGAUCUUGUCAUGUAGACCAACAGGUCUCGCAAGAAACAGCAGGUUGGUGUUGGUUGCUCUCUAUCCUGUUGUACAAGAAAGUUUUAAGCUUUAUGCAGAUAUAUGUGAAGUUCUGGCCAUCUUGCUUGAUCGGUUCUUUGAUAUGGAGUAUCAGGAUUGCGUGAAAGCAUUCGAUGCUUAUGUUAGUGCUGGAAAGCAGAUUGAUGAGCUUGUAGGUUUCUACAAUUGGUGCAAGGAUAUGGGCAUUGCUAGAUCUUCAGACUAUCCUGAAGUUCAGAAGAUAACUGCUAAACUACUGGAGACAUUGGAGGAAUUUGUUAGAGAUAGAGCCAAGGCUAUGAGUAGCCCAGAAAAGAAACCAGAAGUCGUUGAACAAGUAAAAGAGGAAGAACCAGAAUAUGAUAUGAACGAAAUUAAGGCAUUGCCAGCACCAGAGACUCCGCCACCACCACCACCGCCACCUGCUCCCGAGCCGCCCAAGGCUGAACCACAACAGCCGUUAGUGGAUUUACGAGAGGAUGGAACUUUGACAGCAGAUGAUCAAGGAAAUAGAUUUGCAUUGGCGUUGUUUGCAGGUCCAGCUGCAAACAAAACCAACGGUAACUGGGAAGCAUUUGGAUCCAAUGGUGAGUCUGAGGUAACCUCUGCUUGGCAAAAUCCAGCUGCAGAGGCUGGAAAAGCCGAUUGGGAACUUGCAUUAGUGGAAACUGCUAGUAAUCUAGAGAAACAGAAGGCGGCAAUGGGUGGUGGGCUUGACCCUUUGCUUCUGAAUGGCAUGUAUGACCAAGGAAUGGUGAGGCAACAUGUUAGCACCGCCCAGUUAACCGGUGGUAGUGCUAGCAGUGUAGCAUUGCCAGGGAAAACCGCCACACCCGUAUUAGCACUUCCUGCCCCUGAUGGGUCGGUACAAACAGUUGGAGGAGACCCAUUUGCUGCAUCAUUAAGCGUCCCUCCACCUUCUUAUGUCCAAAUGGCAGAUAUGGAGAAAAAACAACAGUUGCUUGUGCAAGAACAGAUGGUCUGGCAACAGUAUGCUAGGAGUGGAAUGCAAGGUCAAAGUAGUUUGACCACUAUCAACAAUGGUGGUUAUAUAGCUCCUGGACAACCACCCAUGAUGCCAUAUGGAUAUCCGCCAGUUAAUGGAGCCGGGUAUUAUCAUCCCAAUCCAUACUGAUACAUACCUGCUGUGUUUCUUGUUUAAUCAUCUGUUACAUACUUUUUAUUGUUCUUUUUUUUUUUACAUUUCCACUGCAUCGUUUCAAGUGAUUGAUAGUGCAUUUUUCUUAGUGUGGGUGGUAAUGAAAAGAGAUAAAUAGACGAAAACGAUUUGGUAUUUUUAUUUUGGGAGGAAUGUAGAGAUGGGUCCCUUUGUUCCAAUUAUGAUCUCUUGCAUGUGUUCUCCAUCAUUGUUAUGGUAUGUGCUUUUUGAUCCACUUUUGUAAAACACAUAUUAUUAAACUGUUCUUGUUGCUUUUAUGUA